AUGACUAAACACCCUGCUGUCUCGGGUGACCUGGAGGGAAUAUCUUCCCUAAUCGUGGGUGGUGCUGUUUUUAACACCCAAUACAAUGAUAACCCCGAAGACCUGGCAAUAGAGGCAAUUAUCUCGUACGCUUUGGACAAUGGCAUGAACGCCUUCGACACAUCGCCCUACUAUGGACCUUCAGAAGUAAUGAUCGGCCAAGCCUUCAAGUCGUUGACCGAUAAGGGGAUUAUAGCACGUGAAAAUUACUACAUUUGUACCAAGGUGGGACGCAUAAGACUGGAUGAAUUUGACUAUUCUGCUGAAUGGGUUAAGAAGAGCAUUGCACGCUCUUUGGAAAGACUCCACACCACGUACCUCGAUGUUGUUCACUUGCAUGAUAUCGAAUUCUGCACAGAAACUCAAAUCUUUGAAGCUCUCAGUGCUCUGAAAGAGCUUAAGGCUCAAGGGGUGAUCAAAUACGUUGGUAUUUCGGGAUAUCCGGUUGAUUUUCUUUACCAAAUCGCAAAGAAGGCAAAGGAGACUGCUUCAAUUGGUUCCUUGGAUACGGUAAUGAGUUACUCCAACAUGUGUCUUCAGAAUACCACGCUGCUAGAGUACCAUGACAGGUUCUUUCAAGACUGUGACAUCAAGAUGCUGAACAAUGCUUCUAUUCUUUCUAUGUCUCUUCUGAGAACUGGCUCCACAAAGACCUUCCACCCGGCACCUCAAGAGUUGAAGGAUACCUGCGAAGAACUAGGCAAACAGCUCAAAGAGAAGUACGACGAAGACCUGACCGACCUCUCUGUCAGAUUUGCCCUACGUGGGUGGAAUGAUAAAAGAGGCUCCACUGUGAUUGGUUGUUCUAAUGUUGCCGAGCUUGAGGACACUGCUAUUCAGUUCAAGACCAUUUCCGAGAACGGAAGUGUCUCUGCUUCAAAGGACGCACCGGUUGUUGAAUUUGCGCAGAAGUUUUUGGGAACGCACCUGAACGAAGUAUGGAAAAGUGGAAUCGAGCAUUAA